AGUGCAUUACCGCCACCUUUUGAGUUGGAGUAUGCAAUAUAAUGGCAAUUUCUGGGAGGGUGAGUUCUUUAGCUAAUUUCCCCUAAACGCGUUUACCAUUCAUUUCAAUGGUAGUCCCUAAUCCGAUACGGAUGUAACCAUACUUUUCGCCGCUAGUAUGCGCCGGCGCGCGGUUUCUGCUUUUACCGGACGUGACGUCCCUAUUCUUAGAUACUGCAAAGUGAGCGGUAGCGAGAGAAGCGCAACGAGGAGGCGAUCUGAUCGAGAACAAACGGUGAAAUGCAGAAAAGAAACAUGCUUUUCACUGGGAGAGUCAAUGUGGUGUUUAGAAAGGGACCACAUGGCUACCUGCGUCAAGAUCCCUCAGAUGCAGCCAAGCAUCAGACCGGUGCAGACCUGUCCUGCAAGGAUGAAGGAGGAGCUGGUCAGACAGAAUGCCCUGACUGUCGUCCAUCAGAGAGGAGAGGACGCAACAGAGGACAAGGAACUGCUGGGAGAAUACAUUUUCCAAUUUGGCAAAUAUAAAAGCAAGUUUUUUCGCUGGCUCCUUGAAAAUGACAUGAGUUACACCAUCUACCUCAUCAAAAACCAGCGUAAAGAAGAAGCGGCAGGUGUCUUCAAGGCAGAGGGCCACAACAAGGACAGUCUCAUGUCGUUCCUGAGAUAUGCCCCCAGCUUCAGGGAAAAACAGGAUCUUCUGAGCUUUGAAGCUAAAAAGACAGUCCCAUUAGAAGGCGUGCCGGAGGACGACCAGCUCGUUGGUUUUGGUUCCCGUGGGGACCAGACCUGGAGACAGAUGUGGGACAGCAGGAAUGAUGGCUAUACAGCCUUCAUCCUGAAGAAAAGCUGUGUUCAAGGCUCGAGAAUGCAUAAACUCCAGCAAUACCUGCAGAACAAGCAAAGCUGUGCCUCCGUGGAGACUCCUUCCCCACGUCCUUCCCAGAAAGCCAUGCAGAUGGAUGAAAAUACAGAGCUGGAGGCGGCUAUGCUCUGUAUUUCACCUCCCAGACAGGAUUCCCAGAAUGUCGUUGAUGCUGCUGCACCUCCAGCCUUUGGACGAUCAUGUAAAGAAGGUUCUACAUAUGAUACACCCAACUGCCAGCUGUGGAAUAAUGAACUGCUCUCCCAGCUCUGGGACAAUGAAGUCUACCGAACCAAAGCAUGCCUCUAAUGUUCAAGUUGACCACAUUCUGGUCUUGUUUGUUCGCUGCUGUUCUGUUUUCUUGUUGCAGUGUUUGUGUUGCAUAGCCUAAAUGAUGUAACUUGAUCUCCAAGUAUACUGACAUUAUGAUCUCCCCUCUGCCUCAGAGUGUGGAAGAACAGCAGGAGGAGGGUCCGUCCCAUUCUGCUGCACAGAUGCACACAGUUCAGUGAUGUUCAGUAAAUGCCCAAGUUCAAUUAUGUAAGAGUAAUAAGGAACUAUAUCAUGUAACUCUAAAUCUUCUGUAUGUCCAGUCACCAGUUAAGGAGUUGUAUAAACUACAUCUUAUCAAGAAAAUAGAAAGAAAAUAACAAGUAAAUGUUAUAUUUGACCCACCAGAUUGAAAAGACAGAUCUAAAAAAAAUUAUAAUGAAAACUGAAAUUCUCAAACAAAAGCUGGAGGUGAGUGUAUAGUUAGAAGUGAAUUGUAUGAAUUAUUGGAAGAAUUCUAAAAUCUAACAAUUGCCUUUGUAUUUGUAGGAAAUGAAGAAAACCAAAUCAAUGAC